AUGUCGCCUGAUCGACGGACGGGACGGUCAGAGUCGACGGUCGGCGAGCCGCCGGUUGGGACGGAAGAGCAGGAAAGAGAGGUGCUUAGUCAGGGGAGGAAGUAUCUGUUGUUGGCGGUGUUCUGUCUAGGGGUAUUCAUUGACGUGAUGGGCGUGUGCGCAUUCUACAUCUUGACCGGACCUGUCGCGCUCGACCUAGAUAUCCGCUUUGAGGCCCAAACAUGGAUUAUCACCUCCUUCGCAGUCACCUUUGCCGCCUUCCUCCUCUUCUGGGGUCGCGUCUCGGACCUCUACUCGCCCACGCCUGUAUUCGCGUACGGGUUCCUCACCCUGGGUAUACUCAACCUGGUCAUCUCGUUCCAAACAAACGCAUACGCCUUCCUCAUCCUCCGCGCCAUUUCAGGCAUCGCGGGCUCGUGCCUCAUUCCAGCGUCAUAUCGGCUAAUCAGCGCCGUCUUCAAUGCGGACGAGCUGCCGCGGGCGUUCACAAUCUAUGGGCUGUGUGGGUCGCUGGGCGCGAGUCUGGGAGUGCCGAUCGGGGGACUGGUGGAGCUGAUCCGGGCGGAUGGGCAAUUGAGCGGAUGGAGGUGGUAUUUCCGGAUAACGACGGUAUUGAUUGUUCCAAUUUCAUUAUGGUCCCUCAAGGCUUUCCCAAAGCAACGAGGAGAAGCAGCAUCUGACACGAAUAAGUGGAAGCGGCUGGAUGUCCCAGGUACCCUGCUCAUGCUCGUCGCUAUCCUCCUACUCAUCCUUGGUCUCACCCUCGGCGCCUCGUACGGCUUCGGAACAGCCUCUUUCCUGGCACCCUUCCUUAUCUCCCUUCCACUCUUUCCCCUAUUCUUCUACUGGCAGUCUCGUCUCUCAGCCGACCUCGCUCUGGUUCCAUCCAAUACCUGGAAGAUCCCAAAUUUCACGCUCUGGACUGUACUGGCGAUUUUUACGUCGGCAUGGUGGACGUGCAACCAGGUACCCCAGAUCGAGGUGUUUGUGCGGGAACGAGGGGAUUCGAGUAUCAUUGCGGCGAUGCGAAUUCUACCAGAGGGGAUCAGCAGUUUGGCUUGCAGUGGGAUCUUAAUCGCAUUCCCCAUCAUCUGCUCUUACCCUCGCUACACAUACACCUUUGGGCAGAUCGGCGGUAUGGCAGCAUACGUGCUUUUCAUCUACUCGGACGGACAGGUUGGAACUCAAUACUGGAAGUUUGGCUUCACCGGGGCCACAAUAGGCAGCUUCUGUAACAAUGUCGCAGCGACUUCAGUCAUUGUCGGCGCAAUGACCACCUCCCCGCCCUCGCAAGCCGGUGUUGUCGGUGCGAUCCUUCAGACCGCCAUCCAAGCAGGCAACGCCAUCGCUCUAGCUGUCCAAGCCGGACUUCUUACCAUCCAUCCGGGCGGGAUCGAGGACUGGGCAAAUGUCCGUGCGAGCUUUUGGUUCAUGUUUGCCUGGGGCGGAGCGUGUUUAGUUGGGUUCCACAUCUUUUACCGGGCGCCAAUACUGGAUGGAAAGGGGAAGAGGGUGGUGGUCACACAUUGA